CUUUCUCUGUGAUUGCAAGUUCCACAAACCUUCAAAGUUUCCAUUUUUAAUGUCACAAAUCCGUUAAAAACAUUUCCCCGAAAAGAAAGAAAAAAAAAUUGAAACUUUCCUCAGCAAAAAUCAAUCCUUUGGCUUCAGAGAACAAUGUGAUGUCGUUAACGGAGAAGAAGAAGGAGAAGGAAGAGAACAGUCCAAUUUCUCCAUUAAAGAAGCGACGAGCUAGCUGGUCUGAGCUUUGGGUCAACCACCACCACUCUCACUCACUCGGUUUCACUUCAAAGUUUCAAUCUUUAACCCCACCAAUCACCAAAUCCAAAACCCUAUUAUCACUCCCCGAUCUCACCCUUCUCUUACCUGACCUCACUCUCCUCACUAUCAUCACCAAAGUCCCUUCACCUCAUCGAAAGUCUCUCUCUUUGGUCUGCAAAAGAUGGCUGAGACUCCACGGUGGUCUUGUACGGUCUGUUAAGGUGUCUGAUUGGGAGUUCUUAACUUCUGGUCGGGUCGUUUCUAGGUUUCCUAAUCUUGAAACCGUUGAUUUAGUUAGUGGGUGUUUGGUUUCGAGUUCUUCAGGUGUUUUAGUAGUUUCUUCUUACAAGAGUUUGAGUUUCUUUGAGGAGAGACUUUUGUCUGUUGAAACGGUUGAUAGAGGGCUGAGAGUACUUGCGGAGGGGUGUUCUAGUCUCCGGAAGCUUGUGGUGGUUAACGCUAGUGAGUUAGGUUUGUUGAGUGUAGCUGAAGCUUGUACGAGGUUGCAGGAGCUUGAACUGCAUAAGUGUUCUGACACUGUUCUGCUUGGAGUUGGUGGGUUUGAGAAUCUGCAGGUCUUGAGAUUGGUAGGGAGUGUGGAUGGUUUGUAUGGUAACGAAUCUUUGGUUUCGGAUAUUGGUCUUAUGAUUCUGGCUCAAGGGUGUAAGAGGCUGGUGAAGCUUGAGCUCGUUGGGUGCCGAGGAGGGUUUAAUGGGGUUAAGGAGAUUGGUGAGUGUUGUCAAAUGCUUGAGGAGCUUACUGUUUGUGAUCAUAAGAUGGAGGCGGGUUGGCUUGGAGGUGUUGGGUAUUGUGAGAAUCUCAAGACGCUUAAACUCGUGUCUUGUAAGAAUAUAGAUGUUGAGAUUGGUCUUGGUGAGUGCUUGAGUUGUUGCUCUUGUCCUGCGUUAGAGCGGUUGCAGUUAGAGAAGUGUCAGGUAAGAGAUAAGAAUAGUGUCAAGGCUUUGUUUCAGAUCUGUGAAGCUGCGAGAGAGGUUGUUUUCAAAGACUGUUGGGGAUUGGAUGAUGAUAUCUUCAGCUUAGCUAUGUCUUUCAGGAGAGUGAAGGUUUUGUAUGUAGAAGGAUGCUCGUUGCUAACAACAUCAGGUCUAGAGUCAGUGAUUCUACAGUGGCACGAGCUGGAACAUCUGAAAGUGGUUUCUUGCAAAAACGUGAAAGAUUCUGAAGUCUCUCCGUUGCUGUCAGCUUUGUUCUCGGACUUGGUAGAGUUGCAGUGGAGACCAGACACUAGAUCUCAUCUCUUUUCAAGCCUUAUAGGUGCUGGUAUUGGUGGGAAAGGCGCAAAGUUUUUCAAGAAAACAUGAAAGUUAGUAAUAGUUGUUGUUGUUGUAUUACGAAAGCUGAAACUAGUUAGUUCACUACAGUAGUUUUUGAAACUUUAUUAGAUUCUCUUUUCUCUGUUUCUUCUCGUUGAACAAAGUUGUAGCAGUUUAUAAUCAGAGAUUCAUGACUCGUGUUUACCUUACUUUCCAUUAGAAAAGAGUU